AUGAAGAAAACAAAGCAAGUCCUCAAGAUGUAUAACUCCUCCAUUUUGAAACCAGUCGGUCAGUGUAUGGUGCAAUUACAAAAUCCUGAAACAUGCAAGAAGUACAAGGUUGAAUUUACGGUUAUAGACGGUGAGAACUGUACGAAUCUUCUAGGUAGUCGAGCAGCACAGCAGAUGGGUCUUGUUAAUGUGAAUUACGACAACAUGAAAAUUCUGUCAGAGUCCGACCAGAAAGGGGAUUCACAUACCACGAUGACGUCAUCAGAGUCAAGUCCGACGGAAAGGUCGACGCAUUCCAUAUUGACCUCUCCAGAAUCAAGUCAAACUGGAUUGACCAUGGAACAGAUCACUAGCGAAUACAAAGAUAUUUUCGAGGGACUGGGGCAGCUUGGACCGAAACUCCAUUUGGAACUAGAAGAAAACGUGAAACCUGUACAACAAGCAGUGAGAAAAAUACCUGA